UUCGCUUCUUUUGUUUUCCAAUAGCUUAUUACCUCAAGACCGGAAGGAGAGAGAGCGAGAGAGAACUUCCUCCCCCAAACCCUAUAUUUUGCAGGCAGAUGAGAGAGAGGAGGAAGGGAUGGGAUCUCGAGAGGAGGAGAUUUCAUGCGAGGGGGGUUGACAGAAGAGAGUGAGCACACAGCGGGGGAAAAUGGCAUGCGACGGUGCUGUUUCCGUUGCGUGCUCACUUCUCUUCCUGUCAGCCUUUUGUUGUUCCUUCCUUUUUUGAGCCAUGCCUGGAGAUGCGAUCCCGUUCCCCUUCCGUGCUUAUCCGUCGCCGAUCUCCUCUCGGGAGCUUCGUCUCGAUCCGUGCUUCGCUUCGCUUUGCUGUGCUGUCGGUCUUAUCUUAUCUGCCUGUCCGCCCGUCGGAUUUCUCCGGGCGAAGAGAGACCGAUGCUUGAUGUCGUUAAAUCUCUUGGCGUUGCGUGCCUAAAUGGCUUCUUUUCUUAAUUAUUUGCCUUUGUUCAAGAAAUUGUUGGUCAGAUUUUUCGGAUAAUUAAGGAAAUUGUGCAGGAGGAAGCGUGACUUUUGAGAAGGCAGGUGGGUUGGAGGGAGGGGACUGUCCGUCUCUGCGUGGGUUGGAUUCGAGCGAGAGAGAGAGAGAGAGAGAGAGAGAGAGGAGAGUACACUAGGCCUCUCAUUCAACAGAGUGUGCGGCCUUGACGGGAGCCACUGUUUGACACGUCCUGCCCUUCUUUCUCUUCUGUCUUCUUUGUUGUUUGCUUGCCCUUUUUUUCUCCCUCUUCCUUGUCUCUUCUUUUUUUUUUUGCCUGUUUUGGACAGGAUUUGGAGUAUUUCGGAAAGGAAGAUGGGAUGAAGCUGUAGGGAUUUGUGGAGGGAAGGUGAUCUCGAAGUUCAUCUCUACCGUCUUCCACGGUUGCUUCACCACGUCGGAGAAAGGUUCAGUCUUGAUGACACGCCAUGAGUUCCCAUGAAUGGUGGUGACGUUAAACAAAGACUAAACAGAAGCACAUCCAGCGACCACAGGUUGAAGUUGACCAUGGAACUCCGAUAAGUAAAUCUUGAUGUUGUCAUUUGCACGGAGAAACCUCUCCAUGGAUGAGUCUCCUAGAACUUCUCUAGAUGGAAAAUGAUUCACGUCUUUGAAUUUAUCAUUGUAUAACCAUAGCUUGAGUCUCUAGAGCCAUGGAUUUUUUGACGCUCAAGGUGCAUGGAUUGAGUUCUCCACUGGGUCAUGCAGGAUAUGAGAAAGGCAUCAAGGGAGUAAACUUAUAGGUUUGUCUGGAAACUUGAUCCUCUCAGUUAACACUGACCGUUUAUCCUUUACAUGCUGUACGCUUUCGUAUACCAACAAUCGACCUUUUGUACUUUGUAGAAUUGUGUUCGUCGCUAGGACUUGCCGAACAUGUUAAAGUCAUCAAGGAAGUAAAUCCUAUUGAUAGUUAACUUAAAACAUAACAUUAAUAUAUACCGGCACAGUUAUGAAAGCCAAACCUAAAGAACAAGUUGGAUGGUUCUUCAUGAAGGUUUAGAUAGAAUGUUAGAUCUAUGUUAUGCUGUAAAUAGAAGGAAUUACAAUGAAAAUUAAUUCUACAACAUAUGCGAAUUUGUUCAUGUAUGUUUGAACUAUUUUUUUCAAUGAUCAUCAUCAAGGAAGCCAUUGUUUCCAAUUUAGUGGAACCUGAACGGUCGUUCAAAUACAACUUUCAUUCUGUCUCCGAUGUUUGCAGGCGUAAAACUGUACAUUGACUGACAUGAAUAUCAUACACUCUGCCGCCCCUUUUAUUCUGUUUCUGGAAAACUAUAUGUCAUCUUUCUAGUUUCGCAUGUAAUUAACAACUCAAGGCUGGUUAUAUCAGAAUCAUAGCAUGAGAACAAUUCUAUUUGUGAUUAUAAGGAUAAAGUCUGACUGAUAUGUUUCUGUUUUGGCGAUUCGUGUUGCAAAUCUUGCCACUUGUGAUAAAAUUAAUAUUUUGAACCGAGCAACCACCUGAUCUUCAUAAGUGUAGAUAAUUUUUUUCCUUGUAUUUGAGUUUCCAACGAUUCCAUAUUUGCAAAAGGAAUCAGUUCGAGCGUCUUGGUGUCUCUGAUUUAUCGGCGAACCGCAGAAAACAAUGUGAAUUAAUCAUUAUAUGCUCCAAAACCUGGCCAGUCCGAGAUUAUGAUCAGUUUCAUUUCAUCAAAUUGGAUUUAGUUCCGUUUGUUCUGAUUAGUUUCACUAGAUUGAAUUCAUCCUCCGUAGAUAUUGUCAUGACUUUGCAUUUCUUUGGGAUGUUUAAAUUUGCCACUUGUUGUCUAUUUUUGUACCUUUGUUGUAUCUGUCGUAAUACGCAAAUUGCAAGAAAGAAUUGCAACUCAACCAAAAUCAUUGUUGUAGCUAUUUAUCAGAGCAAACUAAAUCACACCAAUUCUAUGUAUAUAGUGCUGUCAAGUAUCAGCUUGAAGAACAAGGGAAGUAUCAUAAAUCCCAGAUACGGAGAUAGCGCAAUAACAAAAUUCUCUUUCUACAUGGUUCUGCAGAUUGUCAAAAUUUUCUCCGGUUGGUGGCUUGGAACUUUUGAAUUCACAAUCUAGCAUGGAUGGAAACAUGCAGCGGACGGUAGAGAUGUCAACUGAUCUAUCGACGAGAAUACCGAUCGCACAGCCAUCAACUCUGGUCCUCAAAGUGUCGUGUGUGAGAAGAAGGCCAAGCUUUAGGCUGCGCAAGCACGGAGGUACGUACGUUUGGGAUGUCGGUGGCGUCGGGCUCAGAACUUUUAUGGUGCGUUUGAUGUUUGCGAAGCGGGCGGCGGAGCGGUGGAAGCUACGUUACGGUGCUCACGAGGGCGGGAAACACUGUUUGCUGUUUGGCUUUCGUACACCUUAGUACAACUCCGGACAAAAGGCUGCAGCUGCGCCCGUGUUGUCCUUGUCGUCUUUGCAUAAGCCUCCAUGUCGAGACAACCAUGAGCUCCCACGCUCUGCCCAAAAGAACAAAAAAGCUCCAUUUUUUCCGAGCUCAGAGGCGCCAGCGGAGGCUUGGGACCUCGAGGUGCUUCAAAGAUGGAGUUUUUUUGAUGUCUAAAGGUUGCCACUUCAUCGUCCUAAGAAGGUGUGCCUCCUUUUGAGUUAGCAGAGAGAGUUUGGAGGCAAGGAGGAAGGAAGAGGAAAAGCCAAAUUCUUCUCUCAGCCUUUCCCGCCGAUGGGCACCGGCGUCUUUGCCUUCUCCUUGAUCAUUUCUCUGCUGCUGAGGUGCUUGGCCUCGCAGCAUCCGAACAACACGGAUGCCUUCGUCGUCUCUGAUUUCUUCCGGAAGAUGAAGGUGGCGCCUUCCUCUGCCGAAGGCAGUUCUUCCCGAGUCUGUUCAUGGCGAGGCGUCUCCUGCGACGGCCAGGAGAGGGUCGUCAGCUUGGUGGCUUCCGGCUUCGGCUUCUCCGGUCCUAUCCCUGAAUCCACCAUCGGUAAGCUCAGCGAGCUCCGGGUCUUGGAUCUCAGCCACAACAACAUCACCGGGCUGUCUUUGGACUUCGCGGAACCGGGUAGCUCGCUCAGGAGCCUCAACCUCUCCUGGAACAAGAUCACGGGGCCGCUUCCGAGCAACCUCGGCAACUUCAAGCUCAUGGAAAGCCUCGACCUCUCGCACAACUGGUUCACCCGCGAGAUCCCGUCGCAGGUGGGCUCGCUGUCGAGCUUGGUGGUCCUCAAUCUCAGCAGAAACUUAUUGGAGGCGAGCAUUCCCGUUGCGAUUCUUGGAUGCACCUCUCUGGUCGCGAUCGAUCUUUCUCACAAUCGAUUAAGCGGGAGUUUGCCUGGUGGAUUUGGUGUUGCCUUCAAGAACCUAAGCACUCUGGAUCUUUCCGAAAACGAGAUCAGUGGGAAGAUGCCGGAUUUAUCCGGGUUGGAUUCGAUCACCUAUCUCAAUCUUUCGGGCAAUCUUUUGCAAGAACUGGCCCUCGGGGUGUUCCGGGAUCCACUGCAGGUGAUGGACCUGAGCCGCAACCAGUUUCAUGGCCUCAUCUCUCAAGUACAUCACAGCUCCGUCUCCAGUUGGUCUUCUCUGGUUUAUCUUGACAUGUCGAUGAACGAACUCACCGGGUACUUCUUCCCUGGUCUGGAGGACUUGAGUUCACUAAGGCAUCUUAAUCUCGCAUUUAACAAGUUCUCUAGCCAGGAGUUUCAUCUCCUAGAAAUGCCAUCUUCCCUGGAGUACCUGAACUUGUCGAAAGCCAAUCUCACCGGCCAAAUUCCGCCUCGGAUCUCUCGGUUGCUUAACAUGAAGGUAUUGGACCUUUCCCGGAAUCAUAUUACCGGCAACAUACCUGAGCUAAGCACCAAGAACCUGCAAGGGAUAGAUCUUUCGGUGAACAAUCUCACAGGCGAAAUCCCAAAGUCCUUGCAGCAGAAGCUACCCGUGAUGGAAAAUUUCAACUUCUCCUUCAACAACCUUACUUAUUGUGGUAUGAAAUUUUCACCUGAAACACUGGAAUCAUCAUUCAUCGGGUCACAGAGUGACUGCCCCAUUGCAGUUAACCCGGAUGGUAUUGGAUCUGUGGAUAACAAACACAAGGAUCUCAAGUUAGGAUUGGCUUUGGCUUUGUCACUGUUCUUUUUGUUAGCAGGGUUGAUCAGCCUCGCCCUGGCUCUUCGAAAGAGGACGCCAUCGUGGACAGUCAAGCAACCGUCAUACCGGGAGGAACAGAACAUUUCUGGCCCCUUCUACUUUCAGACGGAUUCGACAACUUGGGUUGCCGACGUCAAGCUUGCUACCUCUGUCCCUGUUGUCAUCUUCGAGAAGCCGUUACUGAACUUUACCUUUGCUGACCUCUUGAGUGCGACAUCCGAUUUCGACAAAGGAACCUUGUUGGCUGAAGGAAGGUAUGGACCUGUCUACCGAGGAUUUCUACCUGGAGGCAUUCAUGUAGCCAUGAAGGUUUUGGUUCAUGGAUCAAUGGUGACAGAUCAGGAAGCUGCGAAAGAGCUCGAGCGACUUGGUCAGAUCAAACACCCCAAUUUAGUGUCCUUAACCGGUUACUGUUUGGCUGGGGAUCAAAGGAUUGCUAUAUAUGAUUACAUGGAGAACGGAAACCUACAGAAUCUACUCCAUGAUUUACCACUGGGCCUGCAAUCGACCGAAGAUUGGACCAGUGAUACAUGGGAACAAGAUAAUGCUGGCAUACAGAGUAUUACCACUGAAGGAAUGACAACUUGGAGAUUCAGACACAAAAUUGCAAUAGGCGCUGCAAGGGCAUUGGCAUUUCUUCACCAUGGAUGUUUCCCUCCAAUAGUUCACAGAGAUGUGAAGGCAAGUAGCAUUUAUAUUGAUUCGGCGAUGGAGUCUAGGUUAGCUGACUUUGGAUUAUCAAGUAUAGUGGGGAAUAUCAUGGAGGGUGAUAUGUCGCGAGGAUCACCGGGUUACACUCCUCCGGAAUUCUCUGAGUUAGAAAACACAUUGGCAACUACAAAAACCGAUGUUUAUGGAUUUGGGGUUGUGCUGUUCGAGCUUAUUACAGGGAAGAAACCGAUUGGAGAUGAAUACUCCGAAGACAAGGAGAUUACUUUGGUCCAUUGGGCAAGGGAUCUGGUGAGGAGAAAUGAGUACUCGAGAUUGAUUGAUCCAAAGAUUCGUGAAACAGGACCAGAGAAACAAAUGGAGGAAGCACUAAGAAUUGCUUAUCUAUGUACAGCCGACUUGCCACCGAAGAGGCCAUCCAUGCACCAGAUUGUUGGUCUCCUCAAGGAUAUCGAACCUGUCACUAUUAUGCAUUGAAUCGUAGAAUUCAGUUCAGGUGUAUACUGGUCUCGAGCUAAUUCUUGGCUAAUAUGGUUCACAGUACAUCAUGACAACGUAGUACGAUGGAAAUGCUCAGGUCAUAUUCUCUUAACUUCUUAUAACUUGGUUUCUCUCUAAAACCAUAAAAGUAGCUUCUGUGCCUGCCUUCAAAAUUUGUAGCAGAGCAACUUGCAGAGUUGCUGUAUUAUCCUUUGUAUCUUUUGUCAAUGAAACACUGCUGUUUUAAUGUCAAGUGUGAGCUGCUGACUAUUAAUCUUGA